GUUUUGAACGGUUCAACUUUGGAAGCCAUCGAGACACGACCUAGAAGCUGUGCUGUUCUGAGAUAACUCGGUGGACUUGCUGUUAGCUAAACACGGCUAAAGAAAACCUGCUACCACUUCAGGAUCAUCCAUCAGCUGGGACUGAUUCAUCGUGUGUUCUUCACCACCUGGACCUGGACAGCAUGGACACAGGUGUGAAACAUCUGUAAACGCCAGAUCUGGUGCAGGAAAAUGGCUGAACAGGGAGUGGGGACACACUUUGCCUUCUGCGGUUAUUUUCAACAGGUGGUUCUGGUUAAAUAAGAAGCUUCAGAAGAACAGAGUGCUCGUGUCAACCACCAGCACCUAGAUUUUCUCCACAAAAAGGAGGAACAGGAGAAACUCUGGUCUAGUAUGGAGGGAGAGCAUCUCCAUUUGAAUAAGGAGACUGAUGCUGCCAGGUUUCAAUCCUUUAGCCAGAAAACACAUUUAAACAAACACACGAGAGUCCAGACAAAGCAGAAACAUUUUGCCUGUGAGCACUGUGGACAAAGGUUUCACCAAAAGACUAAUUUAACCACACACAUGAGCGUCCACACAGGAGAGAAGCCUUUUGCUUGUGAGCUCUGUGGAACGAGAUUUAGCCGAAAGACACAUUUAAACAGUCACAUGAAAGUCCACGCAGGAGAUAAGCCCUUUCCUUGUGAGCUCUGUGGAACGAGAUUUAGCCAAAAGACAACAUUAAACACACACAUGCGAGUCCACACUGGAGAGAAGCCCUUUCCUUGUGAGCUCUGUGGACAAAGAUUUAGUCAAAAGGGAAGUUUAAACAAACACAUGAGAGUCCACACAGGACAGAAGCCUUUUGCUUGUGAGCUCUGUGGUAAUAGAUUUAGUGAAAAGGGAAGUUUAAACAAACACACGAGCGUCCACACAGGAGAGAAGCCCUUUCCUUGUGAGCUCUGUGGAAAGAGAUUUAGCCGAAAGACACAUUUAAACAGUCACAUGAGAGUCCACGCAGGAGAUAAGCCCUUUCCUUGUGAGCUCUGUGGAACGCGAUUUAGCCAAAAGUCUAAUUUAAACAGUCACAUGAGAGUCCACACAGGAGAUAAGCCCUUUCCUUGUGAGCUCUGUGGAACGAGAUUUAGCCAAAAGACACAUUUAAACAAACACAUGAGAGUCCACACUGGAGAGAAGCCUUUCGCCUGUGAGCUCUGUGGUAAUAGAUUUAGUGAAAGGGGAACUUUAAACACACACAUAAGAGUCCACACUGGAGAGAAGCCUUUCGCCUGUGAGCUCUGUGGUAAUAAAUUUAGUGAAAAGGGAAGUUUAAACACACACAUGAAAGUCCACACAGGAGAUAAGCCCUUUCCUUGUGAGCUUUGUGGAAAGAAAUUUAGCUUAAAGACACAUUUAAACAGUCACAUGAGAGUCCACACUGGACAGAAGCCUUUUGCUUGUGAGCUCUGUGUAAAAAGAUUUAGCCGAAAGACACAUUUAAACAGUCACAUGAGAGUCCACACUGGCUUUUCGCCUGUGAGUUCGGUGGAAAAGAUUUACCCAAAAGAUCAGUUUAAACGGUCACAAAAGAGUCCAUAAAGGACAGAAGCCUUUUGCUUGUGAGCUUUGUGGACGAAGGUUUCGCUGAAAGAAAUCUUUAAACAAUCAUCUAAGCAUCCACUAGGGCUGAACGAUCUAUUGCAGGGGUCUCCAACAUUUUUUGGCCCGUGAGCUACUUUUACACAAUGAAGUACAGCAGAGUUACUGCCAUAUGAUUUAUUUACAUUGAUACUUUCCAUGUGUGAAUGUGCUUAUGUUAAACAUGCUAUACUUACUAUAUUAACAUGCAUUGUACUCACAAGUUGAUUUCUCUGUAUUUCAUUACAUCACUAUAUAUACUUUAAAAGUAUAAGUAAACUAGUGACAUUCUGAAAACCAAAUUAAACAAAACAUCUUUAGUUUUUUUAAACUAAUCGGAUACUUUCAGAUAAUGAAUAACAAAUCUACUUCAUGUGAAUGAUUUGGUAAUUUUUUUCGAAGGUUAGUAACUUAACUUUUUAAGAACACAGGAACAGCUAACCUGUAAAACUGAUGAUAUGUUAAAUAAAAUACAAGCUAAAUGUGAUGAAAACACAAAAGUCUAAAUAGUUUGAAUUGAAGUAAAAAAAAUGUAAAAUCAGAAAUAAGACUUGUUCCUGCUCUCCUGAUGUACUGAAUAAUUUUUAUGGUUUUUUUUUGGGUCAUGAAAGUUAAGUUUUGCUGCAUUUAUUGCUGGCAAUAUGAAGGUUGGAGGUUUAUCCUUUUUUCUGCACUUGUAGGUUUUUUUCUCCGCACGUCUAAAGAAAGUAAAAUUGUCUAGUGAAGAGUGGAGACAACCCAUAGAAGCACUGAUUUGAUCUCAUUUCAGCGAAAAAUAGAACAGAUUAGAUGCACCUAAUAAAUAAAAUUAUAACAAACUCAGGAAUCUGUUUCUUUGCUUCACUGUUCUGGUGCUGAGAAUAUCACUAAUGCGGAUCAAAGGAGAUACACAGAUGAAUGCACCACUUAUUUAUUAUUUGGAGACUACAUUUACUGCAGCUGGCAGAGGCAGAGAUUUUUUCUAUUGAUACACGGAAUUUACAGAGUCAUUUUAAAUGUUAAUAGGGGAAGACUGCAGGAGGGAGCGGUAAAAUACAGGGGGUCCCCAGCAAAAACAAACUUUACGAGCCUGAUGAAACCCGCUGGUUUUCCAUCAGGCAGUCACGGGGCAGCUCCAACGACCCAGUGGCUGUGCUGGGUCAAUGUUAUCGAGCUCAGUCCGGCUCGGCAGAGGGUGAACGAGCUGAGGCGACGUCGUGCUCUGCUUAAGAAGAGGUGUUAUUUUCCCGCUUCAGAAGAAGCGUUCAACGUGUUUUUACACUUUCUCCGAGACAUGUCAUGUCGCUAAGUUGUUAGCGCCGCGCGAUAACACGUCAAUCGUGCAGCGUAGCCUGCUGGAGGUUUUAAGGGUUCAGAUGAAACACCCGACCUCUCACGCUGCUCACACAUCGAUCUUAAGUUGUCGCUGUUACGCUCACAUCGUAAUACAGUAUUAGAUGCGGUUAAAGUCAGACAUGAAAAAAUAAAAUAAAUUUUACAUGAAUAAGUGAUGCUUAUCCUGGUGGGGAGAGGAAACCCUGUCAAGAUCGUCAACGCUCGUUUAUCUUAAUGCUAUUGAAACAUGUAAACCAAAAAGCAUUAUAUCCACUGCUACCUUUAUGCUGUAACUUCACCCUGCCCUGCCUGCUCCUCCUUGCUGCCUGCCGGCUGUGAUCACAAGCGACAACAUAGUAGUUCCCGCUGCUUCCUCGAGAAACAGCUAAAAAAAAAUCAAAACUUGGGAUCUUGUAGGUGUGGCGGUGGGAUUUCAGCCUUGGCGGGUCGCCACGGCUACGCCUAUGUAAGGGAAACCCUGGUGUAGUUAUUGUGUAAAGCAGUAUAUACUGGGAAUGAUUAAUAAAGAUAAAAACUAGAAUUGAACCUGAGUUACAUGGUAAUAACAAUUUAAGAACUCAGAAACAAUUCACUAACUUACUAAGUAAUUACCAUGGAAGUACUAAGUAGUUAGAGGACUGUAAAAGAAAGCGCUACCAAUAAUUGUACUUAAUAUGCUUUUAUUUUUGUGUGCUAUGUUCUGUGUCAAUAUUCUUUGAUUUUAUUUUACACAACAUGAUGUGACAUUUUAACUAUUUCAUUUCACUUGUGAUUGUUUUAACUAUGUGAAGGCAUUGGGCUACCGUUUUGUGUAUGAAAUGGGCUAUAUAAUAAACUUGACUUGAGAGAGA